AGAAUAUUGGAGCACAUCGUACUGUACGAGAGAGAGAGAGAGAAGGGUAAGUUACCUUUUGAAGUUGAGUUUACCUAAAACUAAAAACGCUUCUUUGAACAUUGAUUUCGAAAAGGAAGGAAAGCAACUGCCAAAAGCAAGACACUAAUAAAGAAAACGAAAGCAUCUUCCUCUUCCCACCCAAGCAAUAAUUAUUAACCCUAAACCCCUCCGAACUAAACUUCUUCCUCAUUGCAUCGCCAUUCAUGGACGAAUCACAGGAAUAUCCAAAGGAUUACUACUCGAACGCGCAGACGGUGAGAGUGCCGUCUUCUUCCAGCUCAUCGGCGACGACGAGCGUGCACGUGACGGCACUGGACGGUCUCGUUAACGUCAACUCGCUCUUCACCAUCGCCGUGUUCGUCGGCCUCUCCCUCACCACGCCGGGACAGCGCAGCCUCGAAAAUCGUUCCUCGUGCGACGCCGGCGUUGACAUCGCCAAGAAGCUUCUCGUCUUCGAGGUUGUUUCCUUCAGCUUCUUCCUGUUCUCGUCUCUGGUGGCGCAGGGACUCAAGCUCGCCCUCAACCUCCUCAACAGCAAGGAGGUUGAUGAUGCUUUCCGUGCACACAUCAACCUCAAGGUGCUCCGUUUCGGUAUGCUUGGCUCCGCCAUCGGCUCCGUCAUGGGAUGCCUCUUCUUGGUUCUUUCAAUGGUGAAUGUCAUCGAGAUCCGCCUCGGGAUGCUCUCUUGUGGCAGCAAGUCCGCCUCCCAUGCCGUUGCCGUCAUGGUUGUUUUGGUCUCCUCUGCUCUUUUGGUUUAUAUCUCCACUGCGAUCUAUGCUUUUACUCAUUGAUUGAUUGAAAUUUGAAUGAAUGAAAUGCUUUCUCUCUUUAAAUGGAAUGGCUUCUAACUUCUAUUAUAAGUUUUGUAAUUUAUAUUUGGUAUGCUUGAAUCAGUUGAAUGUUUGGAUAAAGGGAAAA